AUGGCUAACGACUUUGGUAGAGCUGGGGUCAAGACCCCUAAAGGUCUCAAGGCCGCCAAUGUAAGGACCAACAGGGCCGACAAAAAAACUUCGGUUGGAGAAACAAGAGGCUUGUCCUCAACAGCUAAGAAAAGGAAAAAGAAAAGGAUCGUGUAUGAACACCCACUGGCGAAAGCAUUCAAUGACUCACUCUCAAAGACAACGUCGCAUGUUUCGACGAAACUAUCAAAAAAACUUAUGGAUAACCUACAAAUGGCACUUUCCCAGAUAGGAGCGACUACAGCUCGAAGCCAAAUGUACCUGGUGGAGGCUUCAGAACUAAAAUCAAGACUCUUUACCUCCACUCCCCUUCUGUCGACAGAAUUUGAAGAGAGGGUUGAAAAAUUCCAACUACUGGUCAAGAAAAAGACAGAUUUAUUAGAUAUUCUCUGCGCAAAUUGGACGGAAUGCGUAAGUGAGAUUGUAAACCUAGGUAUUGAGGAAGGUGCCUUGAAACACAGGGGGGAAGAAAACAAUAUUCAAAAGGCAGACAGUGAUUCACUACAGGGGGGGCAAACGCAACGCUCCGGUGACGCCAAAGACGAUGAAGAAUUCGAUCACCUCCUUCGAGAUAUCAAGGCGGUGAAUAAGGUAUGGACUAAGAAGAUGGAGGACAGUGAGAAGAAAAUCGCCGACGAGUUAUUGAAUUUCUUUGAGAAGGCUUGA